UGUCUGCUUCAUCCAGGUGAAAACGAGUGAGAAGUGAACCAUGCCCAUCGUUGACCCUUCACCCCGCAACAACCCAGGCCUCCCAGCGGCCCAGGGUCUGUACAACCCGUCCUUGGAGUCGGAGGCAUGUGGCGUGGGCUAUGUGGUCAACAUCGACGGACUCCGCUCGCACAGGGUGUUUAUCACUUCGGCUAACGGUACAGCCCAAGUGGACAUGGACUUUAAGAGACAGGUGUACCUGUUACGCAAGCACUCAUCCCACCACAUCCCCGCUCAGGAUCUCCGCUUCUACAUCUGCAGUCUGAGCUCAGAGAUCAUUGUGUACAAGGGUCAGCUCAAUACGGACCAGCUGUGGAAGUUCUUCCUGGACCUGCAGGACCCGGAGUUUGAGACUCAUCUGGCUCUGGUGCACAGUCGCUUCUCCACCAAUACCUUCCCCAGCUGGGAGAGGGCCCACCCUCAGAGGUUGCUGGCGCAUAACGGUGAGAUCAACACACUUCGCGGCAACCGCAACUUGAUGAAGGCCCGCGAGGGUAUCAUGAACAGCACGGUGUACAAGGACAAGCUGCAGGGCCUGUACCCUGUCAUCGAGGAAGGCAUGUCGGACUCUGGCUGUGUGGACAACGUUCUCGAGUUCCUCUGCCUGGCCGGCGGCCGGACACUGCCAGAGGCUGUUAUGACUAUGGUCCCCGAGGCCUGGCAAAAUGAUGUCACCAUGACGAAAGAAAAACGGGACUACUACCGCUGGUGUGCUUUCUCCAUGGAACCCUGGGAUGGCCCGGCGCUUCUGACCUUCACAGACGGCCGUUAUAUCGGAGCCAUCCUGGACAGGAAUGGACUGAGGCCUUCGAGGUUCUAUGUGACCAAGGACAACUUUAUGUACAUGUCCAGCGAAGUAGGAGUCACGGACUGCAAGCCUGAAGAUGUUGUUCAGAAGGGCCGUCUCAAGCCAGGCAGGAUGCUCCUGGUGGACACCAAGGAGAAACUCUUCAUCAAAGAUGAGGUCCUGAAGAGACAGCUGGCUCAGCUGAGACCAGUGGCCCAGUGGCUGGAGAAAUCGGUAAACAUGGGUGAACUGCGUCAAGUGUACAGAGACCUUCAGGACAACUUCCAGGUACGACCAAUGGAUCUACAGCCGUCACCAGUGGGCGCAUUCAUUGAAGAAGACGCCCGCCUCAACCUGUACUCUUUCACAAUGGACGAGAUCAACAGACUAGUGCUUCCGAUGGUCAAGGAAAAGAAAGAAGCCCUUGGCUCCAUGGGCAACGAUGCCCCUCUGGCCUGCCUGUCCCAGUUCAACCCACUCAUGUUCACCUACUUCAAGCAGCUGUUUGCACAAGUGACCAACCCUCCCAUUGACCCGUUCCGAGAGAAGAUUGUCAUGUCUCUGGCAUGUCCUGUGGGUCCCGAAGCGAACAUUUUGGAGCCUGGUCCCGACCAGUGUGAGCGUCUGUGGUUGGAGCAGCCAAUCCUCUCGUUGCCCGACAUGGAAAUGUUGCUCACAAUGGACUACAAGGGAUGGAAGUCCAAAGUGAUCCCCAUGGUGUACCCAGUGUCUGAAGGCCCAGAGGGACUCAAGCCGGCCCUGCUGCGGAUCUGUGAGGAGAGCGCAGCUGCUGCAGAAGAGGGCUUCAAGCUUAUUGUCCUUUCUGACCGCUCGGCUGGGCAAGACAAUGUACCCGUCAGCUCCCUGCUUACCAUUGGUGCUGUGCAUCAUUACCUGAUUGACAAGAAGCUCAGGAUGAAGGUUGGCAUUGUCUUGGAGACAGGUGAAGCCAGAGAGAUCCACCACAUGUGUACUCUGCUUGGCUACGGUGCUGACGCAGUUUGCCCCUACCUGACCUUUGAACUGAUGCAUCGUCUCCGCCUUAGAGGUGUCAUUGAUGAGAAGUACGAUGAUCGUGCCAUUUUCCUGAAUUAUCGUGCUGCUUGCGCUCGUGGCAUCUCCAAGGUCAUGGCUAAGAUGGGUAUCUCCACUUUGCACAGCUACAAGGGUGCCCAGAUCUUUGAAGCUGUGGGUCUCCAUCAGGAGGUCAUUGACAUCUGCUUCACUGGCUCAGCUUCGCGCAUCGGGGGUGUGAAUUUUGCUGUACUCGGUCAGGAGGCUAUCAACCGGCACUCGCUGGCCUAUGAGAGGAGAGACUGUGACAACCAGCUGGUUGUCAACAAGGGAAUGUAUCAUUGGCGUAAAGGAGGGGAACGCCACAUGAAUGAUCCAACGACCAUUGCAAACCUACAGGAUGCAGCUCGGAGCAACAGCAAGUCGGCCUAUGACAAGUUCUCGGAGUCAGCUUGGGAGAGCUCCAAAAAAUGUACCUUGCGUGGCCAGUUGGACUUCUCCUCUGCAGACAAGCCUCUGGACAUCUCAGAGGUUGAGGAGGCCAAGAACAUUGUCAAGAGGUUCUGCACAGGAGCCAUGAGCUUUGGCAGCAUUUCAAUCGAGGCUCACACCACACUUGCUAUUGGCAUGAACCGCAUUGGCGCAAAGUCAAAUACUGGAGAGGGUGGAGAAAAUCCUGAGAGAUAUCUGAAUGAAGACCCAGAGUUCAAUGCCCGCUCCAAGAUCAAGCAGGUUGCCUCUGGACGAUUUGGAGUGACCAGCUCGUACCUGACGCAUGCUGAUGAGCUGCAGAUCAAGAUGGCCCAGGGGGCCAAGCCAGGGGAGGGUGGAGAGCUGCCUGGGUACAAGGUGACCAAAGACAUCGCGAGAACCCGUCACUCCAUUCCGGGGGUUGGUCUGAUCAGUCCACCUCCUCAUCAUGACAUCUACUCCAUCGAGGAUUUGGCACAGCUCAUUUACGAUUUGAAAGCUGCGAACCCCGCUGCCAGGAUUAGCGUCAAGCUGGUGUCAGAGAUUGGCGUGGGAGUCGUCGCUUCAGGAGUGGCGAAGGGCAAGGCUGAGCACAUUGUCAUCUCCGGUCACGACGGAGGAACUGGUGCCAGCAGCUGGACUGGCAUUAAGAACGCUGGGUUGCCGUGGGAACUGGGCAUUUCAGAGACUCACCAGACCCUGACCUUGAACAACUUGAGGUCACGCGUCGUCCUUCAGGCUGAUGGACAGAUCAGAUCAGGCCGCGAUGUUGUGGUGGCUGCUCUGUUGGGGGCUGAUGAGUUUGGCUUCAGCACAGCACCACUUAUUGUCCUGGGCUGCACCAUGAUGAGGAAGUGCCAUCUGAACACGUGCCCAGUGGGCGUGGCUACCCAGGACCCUGAGCUCCGGGAGAAGUUUGCCGGUAAACCUGAGUAUGUUGUGAACUUCUUGUUCCUUCUGGCAGAAGAGGUUCGAUCCAUCAUGGCCGAGAUGGGAUUCCGCACUUUCCAGGAGAUGAUUGGUCGCGUGGACAAACUGAAGUUCUCUCCAGAUCCCACAAACUUCAAGGCUCAAAUGUUGGACUUCAGUAACAUCACAAAGAACGCCCUCGACCUCCGACCCGGUACCAGCAUCCGAGGAGGCACUGUUGCCCAGAACUUUGAGUUUGAGAAGAGGCUGGACAACAAGAUGAUUGCACAGGCCAUGGAUGUUCUGGAGGGACGUAGUAAGCAUGUCCUCAUCGAGACAAAAAUCUGCAACGAGGACAGGGCUUUCGGUGCUACUCUCAGCAAUGAAAUUUCAAAACGCACUGUUGAAGAUGGUCUCCCGGAGAAGUCCAUUGAGAUCCGACUUACCGGCUCCGGUGGCCAGAGUUUCUGUGCGUUCCUAGCCCGCGGAGUGGACGUCUUUCUGGAGGGAGAUGCCAAUGACUAUGUCUGCAAGGGACUGUCUGGUGGUGAGGUUGUGAUAAUUCCACCCAAGUCCAUGCCAGAGAGCUUCAAGUCAGAGGACAAUAUCAUCGUUGGCAACGUCUGUCUGUAUGGAGCUACGGCUGGCAAAGCUUUCUUCCGAGGUCAGACAGCGGAGAGGUUCUGUGUCAGGAAUUCAGGAGCUACAGCCAUAGCAGAGGGUUGUGGUGACCAUGGCUGUGAGUACAUGACCGGUGGAAGGGUCAUUGUACUGGGACUGACCGGCAGGAACUUUGCUGCUGGCAUGUCUGGUGGCAUUGCCUACUGCUAUGACAAACGGAAAAUGUUUGACGAUCGCUGCAACAAGGAGUCGGUGGAGCUGCUGCCUCUCAACAACGAGACUGACCUGGACUUCGUGCACGGCCUGCUGAUGGAGUUUGUGGAGAAGACUGGAUCCACUCUGGCCCGGGGCAUCCUCGAUAAUUGGAACACAGAACAGGGCCACUUUAUCAAGGUGUACCCGCAUGAGUACCAGCGCGCCAUUGCUGAAGCUGAAAAAGAAGAAGAGGAAAAGAGGGCUGCCCUGAAAAACGAGCAAGAAAAAAAUGUUGCCAGUGAAAAUGGGGUGGUGAAUGGGGAUUCCAACCAGCUCUCAGUUGCUUCUGAUCUCCACAAGCUCAGCUCUUUGUCCAAUAUGUAUGGAGAGGACAUGAUCAACAAACUGGAAGAUGAAGAGCGAGCUACCAAUGGUCAGAGUCUCAGUGACCAGCAGCAGUCGGAUCUACAGAAAGUACCAAGUGCCAAGGCCAUUGUGGACAUUGAGGAUGCAAUCCGCAAUACAACUUUGGAAAACAAGGUUAUGGAUAUUGAACUGGACAAGACAAGGGGCUUUGUGAAGUACAAGCGUGCAACCUACCAGUACCGUGAUGCAGGGGAACGACAGAAGGAUUGGAAGGAAAUAUAUAACCACAAGAAAGUGAAGGAAGGACUGCGCAGUCAAGCUGCUCGGUGUAUGGACUGUGGAGUCCCGUUCUGCCAGUCUGACAAUGGUUGCCCACUCAGCAACCUGAUUCCUCGCUGGAAUGACCUGGUCUUCAAGAAUGAAUGGAGGCUUGCUCUGGAUAACCUCCACCAAACCAACAACUUCCCAGAAUUUACUGGUCGUGUCUGCCCAGCUCCAUGUGAGGGCGCCUGUGUGCUAGGCAUCAAUGCGCCUGCAGUGACGAUCAAGAACAUUGAGAAUUCCAUCAUCGACUAUGGCUUCCAGCAGGGCUGGGUGCAACCGGUGGUUCCUUCGGUGCGCACAGGCAAGAGAGUCGCUGUAGUGGGUAGCGGGCCCGCAGGCCUGGCUGCAGCUGCACAGCUCAAUAAGGCUGGCCAUUUGGUGACGGUGUUUGAAAGGAAUGACCGUUUAGGAGGUCUAUUGAGAUACGGUAUCCCGACAAUGAAACUGGACAAAGAUGUGGUUCAGAGGCGAGCAGAUCUUCUCUCUGAAGAGGGAAUCGUGUUCAAAACAGGAAUCGAAGUUGGCAAGGACGUUAGUGCCAAGAGCCUGAUGGAUGAGUAUGAUGCUGUGCUGUGUGCUCUGGGGGCUACCUGGCCGAGGGACCUGCCCAUACCUGGCCGUGAACUCUCCGGAAUCCACUAUGCCAUGAACUUCUUGGAAUCCUGGCAGAAAGUCCAACAGGGCAACAAAGACCCUUUCAUCAACGCCAAAGACAAGGACGUGAUUGUGAUAGGUGGAGGUGACACUGGAUGUGACUGCAUUGCAACCUCACUCAGACACGGGGCCAAGUCGGUGACGACUUUUGAGAUCCUGCCAGAGCCUCCAGCGACAAGGGCAGAGGGCAACCCCUGGCCAACCUGGCCACGAAUCUUCAGAGUGGACUAUGGCCAUGAAGAAGUGAAGCUGAAGUGGGGUCGUGACCCCAGGAUCUUCAAUGUCAAAAGUUUGGGCUUUGAGGGAGAUGCUAAUGGCAAUGUGACCUCAGUGAAGACCAUCCUGGUUGAAUGGACGAAAGAUGACUCUGGACGCUGGACCAUGAAGGAUGUACCAGGCUCAGAGAAGUCAUACAAGUGUGAUCUGGUGCUCCUAGCCAUGGGCUUCCUGGGCCCUGAAAGGAAGAUUGUGGAGGAAUUGUCAGUUGACCUUGACCCCAGAGGUAACUUGGAAACACCCAAGGGGAAGUACUCGACAAGCAUCCCGAACCUGUAUGCUGCUGGAGAUUGCCGCCGUGGUCAGUCACUGGUUGUGUGGGCCAUCUCCGAGGGUCGCCAGGCAGCCCGGCAAGUUGAUGCUGACCUCAUGGGGCACUCCAACUUGGCAGGCCCAGGAGGCAUUGUGAACACAGAAUGAGUUAUGCGUGGAUGGCUGUAGAUCUGCUUGAAUGUGCUGACACUAGCAAGAGGAAUGACAAAUGAGAUGAGAAAGCAAAUGCCGGACAAUAUGAAGAACAUGUGGAGGACUGGUCUGGGUUGGAGAUAGCUCCAAAUGUGAUGCACUCACAAUAACAUUAAUGGGUUCUUGAGAGAGGCUUAACCUAGAGGCACCUGCUUGACAAAGUAGAGGAGGUACCCGCUCGAUCUGAACUUGUGGAGCUCAGGGCUGCUGCUAAUGAGGAUGAGAAUAUUAGCCUAUUGCAAAUCUGUUGAUAUGAUUCCUGAUCUGAUCUGAUAGACAGUCGGAAUCACCAGAGAGUUGAUGGAAGAAGGGGAGAUGUUGUACUGUCAAGUGAUCAAAAAUGGAAACGGAAGAAGUCUGUUAUGUUUUGAGACUUACAGUACAGAAAUACUGGCCUUACAUGUAUGGGAUCAUUUCAGUGCUAAUCCAUGAGAUCUGUGAAAUGAUUGUCUGUUAUUAACUAAAUGCCUGUUCUUAUUUCGCAAAUAUAAUUUGAUUGCACAAUUGAAUAGUUCUUUAAAAAAUCUGGUUGAUGUAUUGUGCAAAUAAAGUAUAAGUCUUUCUCAUAUCAGUUCCUGUAUCAUCACUAGUACAAUAUGCUGUGUCAGAUAUCCAUAAAACUACUUGUAGCACAGAAGGCUCAGUCAGUGGUAUUUCAUCAAAAUUAUUAUGCACAUUGUGAAAAAUCUCUACCAUCAGAUCCAGAUUUUUGUUUAAAAGUAGGUUGAGACCCCCAUAAAAUGAAAACUUUUACUUUUAGCCUACAAAAGAGUUUUGGUUCUUAUAUUAUACCCUGGGCCAGCUGCUCAGAUGUACAGUACUAAGCCCGAAAUUUAGUGUAUAUUUAGUUUCUUAAUUUGUGUUAUCAGUUGCUUACACUCGUGAAAAAUUUAGUCAAAGUUCAUAUUCUACAUGCGAGUGUGAGGCAUCGUGGUGAGAUCAGGCAUUUGUCAAAAUACUGAAAUCUAAGAAACCAGCUUUUUUCUACGAGUUUGGACAUUUUUCUCGAAUUUUUGUUUUUUGGCUCAACACCUUUUAUGUCCAUUUAAAAACACGUUCCGGUGUGUAUUUUACCGAAAAGCACUGAUUAAAGGCACAAACAUUGCAGACUUUCAGUUUCUAAGGACUGUCGAGCUUUGGAAGUUUACCAAACCUUGGCGUCCAUUUUCUCGCUAAUUUUACCUCUGUAAUCAGGUAACUCCCACCUCCUUCAACCGCAAAUGUCUUGACUUCUAUUACAGAUAGUUUGGUAGUUUUUUCAUCCAAAGCAAGAAAAAUGAGCAAGCUUUAAGCUGAUACCAAUUACUCCACAUGCUCACAAAUUGAGGAGCUUCUGAUUCCACCAUGUCCUGACUAGAAAAGAUACAUAAUAUACUAAUAUAUAGGUAAAAUUUGUAAAAGAAUUGUAACAAUUUUUUUUCUCUCUUUUGCUUUCUUAGCUUGGAACGCUUGAACAGUUGAGAACAAAAUAUGCAAUUUUAACUCAUUAACUUGCUGACUCUGUGAUCCAACUUGAAUCUCACGGUCAGCUUCAAAAUUAUGUUCAGGCUGUUUUCUGUUCUGGUAAGCUUUUGGCAGCAUAUUAAUAGAAGUAAAUAGUCAUGGAAUAUAUUUUUUUUCUUUUGGUAUAGUCUUUCCCUAAAAUUCUCUUCGUAACUCUAGCUUUUCAUAUAUGUGAAAGAGUAGGGCUGUUUUAAAAAAUCCUUCUUUAUCUUUUUUCACACUGGUAAAAUGCGUUUCUGUGCCAAACAGCAUAGAUUAUUUGCAAUAAUAGUGAUGGAGUUAGGGCGUAAAACGAUUCUUAAGUUUAUAGAUGGAGAACAUCACAGUUCUUUACGCAGAAACAGAAAAAGGAAGGAUCAACAAGAGCAAUCAAGUUGGAAAUGGUCUUUAGCUUCAUAAUUUAUAUGCUCAGUUUGUGACCAGACAGGAUUUCAUAUUUCCAGCAAUGUACUUAGUAGGUCAGGUAACGAAAACGUUAUUCUCAAAUGUCCAAUUGUUAGGUAUCCUUCCCCUCCACUCCGAAAGAAAAGCUUUACAUAUAUGUAUAUAAGAAUUUACUUCAGAUAACUCAUCCAUGUAUGGUAUUACUUUAUUAGACUAGAAGCCUCCACCUAAUCAUGUUCAAAAUUCCCUUACUUUCCAUUAUACUGAAGAUUUGAUUAAUAUUUCCAUUUUCAAGAUAAUAAAGAGCUUCCAUCAUACUGACAUUGCAUACUGACUGGUGAUCGUGUUAAAUGAUUUUAUUCAUGUGAACCAUGUGUGAGUCUGGAAUUUGGGGAAAUAUUGGGAUUUUAAAAAACUCUUUUAUUUUGUUUUCCAUACUGAGAAUAUGAAUGUUUACAUUUGAUGUAUGGAUAUUCAAAGCUUAAGUAAAGCACCUAAAAUUUGAGACUAAAAUGGAAAAGCAUCAAGUUAUUAUUUUUAAAAACUUUUUAAAAAAAGAAAUCUGUCAGAAUACAACAAAAAAUUAUUCUGUAAAAGAAGGGUUCAGUUUCUGUUAAUGUAAACAAUGGUACUUUUUUUAAUGUGCUCUGCUUAACUUUCUGUUGAUACAAAAAGUAUAAGUGCUACAAAAGUAUGAGUGCUACAAUCUUUUAAUACCAGUCUAGCACUAGCAUGCACAUUCUCAUAGUGAAAACUGCAGGAUGCAGAAAUUUUGUUCGAAUUUCAUUGUGUAUAAAUUUCAGGCCAUAUCAGGGAGAAAAACACAGACAAUUUGAUCACAAUUCUACGUGAGCUGUGCCCUCUGUGCCAUGACAACAUGAGUGUUAGAUUCACUGUUGAUUGAAUGUUUUGCAGUUCUGGGUUUUGUUACAAUGAUUUUAUUACUCUCCACCUCCUCUGCCAGAAGCGACUGGUUUUCUUUAACCAAGCAUUUCUGCUACUUGCCGUUUUCCCAAUAAUGUUACACGCUCAAGAUAGAUGGGUAUUUUUUUUUUUUCAUCGAAAGCCAGGCAAAUAGAUAAACAAACUUUAGUAAGAUGAUGAUACCAGUAACUCCAUAUGACCAAAAAUUGACGAGCGCCUGAUUCCGCCCUGUCGUGGCACAUUUCAUCUUGCUCUUAAAUUACGUUUAUUAUUUAGUUUUAUUAUAACCGAUGAACUAAUGACUUUUGUAAGUUAUUGUGGUGGCUGUCUGACAAAGCAGGGCAUCCGGUUCUGUGUCAGAACAACAGGAGGGAAAAAAUGAGUAGUGAAGGAAAAGAAUUCAGACCUCAUGACUUGAUUUGGCAUAGGGGGUUUCCGCACAUUUGAUAUAUUUAUUAUUAUUAUUAUUAUUAUUAUUAUUAUUAUUAUUUCUACUCUGCCUCUUUUCCACAUUCAUAUUUUCCUGGUUAUUAUUUACAUUUAAUUUAUAAAAAUAAAGCUUUCCUGAUACAUGUAUUGUUCAUAAAAGAUAGGAGGUUUGGGUUAGCUUGUUAUCCAAAUAAUGGCUUUGUAAUUUUUUGUCAUAUUGAAUUAAUCUCUGUUUAUAUUCCCAAUUUCAUGCAAAUUUUAGUGCUCUUAGUAUACUAGUAGUAGCAAAGUAUUUAUGUUUCAAUGUUUUCACUGUUAUAGACGUUUGAGUAGAUCUUGAAAUGUUCUUAAGAAUAGAUGGGUGUCUUGUGCCCGAUUUUUUUUUUUUACUAUAAUUUUGUGGAACUGAUUAGAUAAAACUUCGAUCUUGCCUUUUCAUAUUACGGCAAUUAAGAAAAGUAUACCCAGCAAGUGAUCAAGAGUGUUGUGGAUUAUUGUCAUUGUUGAUAUGACUGUUAAUUAUUAGACAAACGUUUUGUAUGCAAACAGUUGCACAUGGGUAUUCUAUAUCAUGUGAUAGCAGCAGAAACAUGUAGUUUUUGUUGUCACUGUAAUUGUUGUUGAGGGGAGGGAAUAGUUUUUGCUGUCACUGUCUUCGCUGAUGAAGGUGCUGAAACUGAGAAGUUUAUGGCAAAACUCAUGUUGUGCACAGCAAAGCUUUCUUGAAGAAACUUUAGACCCACUGUCCAGGUGUGAGACUUUCACUUUCCAUAUCAUGUACAUAAUAAAUAUGCAUGUAAAUCCAUC